AAAUAUUUUAUGCUUUCUCAAUUAUCAUUUUUUCCCCAGUUUCUGAUUUAAAUUAUUCUUUUUGCAUUGGAUUUGGAUACUAAAUGGUCUCAUUUUAAUUUCUCUGCUAUAAGGCCUUCAACUUGAAAGAUGUGAGGGAGAAGUCGUUAAAAUCAUAUAGGAUUUUGAUGAAUGUUUCUGUUGGGUUUAGUAAAUCCUCAACAUGCUACAGAAUUAAGAGUAUUGUUAUUUGAACAAUUGCAAAGGUACAGAUGUAAACUUUAAAAACCAAAUUUGUAUUUUGAUAAUUUUUUUGUUACUGGGUUCAGUUGGGUUUAUUUAUUACUUAGUAAAAGGCAAAAAUUAAAAACUGAAUAUAAUAAAACUGACUGAAAACCACUACAAAGCAAAAACUGUUUUAUCUUCAUAAAAUCAUGAGUUAUAAUAAACAAAACCAAUAUCUUCAAUAUAUUGCUUUUAUAUACAUAUAAAUAGUAUUGUUGGCCGAGACAACCUGACAUUUUAGCUUGGACCGUUGCACACCACUAAUACUGAAUAUGAAGCAACAAUAUGGUGCUACAAAAAAGUCAUGGGCAGACAAGAGCAACCAUCAGCCUCGGUCGCGACGCGUCACACCACUAGAUGACGAUGACACCAACAUAACCAGAUCUCUGAACAUUGAUCUCAUACCGUCCAAAACUAAUGUGUGCAGAAGAAAAAUUGUGACCAUCGCUGAAGACGAUGAGAACGAUUUGCAUCCAAAAUUUUCUAAAGAUUUGAGGAAACCUGGAACAAUCAAAACAAAUAGAUCAAUUGCAGCAGAUCUUAAAGAGGAGAAACAUUGUUCAGUGAGAAGUACUUCUAGAUUAUCAACAACUAAGUAUUCCAAGGACAUCAAGACUAGUGCCAAAAAUAGUGGAUUAAGUAAAAAAGAAAUCAAUGUAUCAAAAUUUAGUCAAAAAGGACCGCCGUCAAAUGUAAAUAAAGUAUCAGAACAAGCAAAAAUUACUAAUAUUAAAGACAAAGAUACAUCCCGAAGCGUAAGAUACUCGAAUCCAUCAUCUAAGGUUAAUGUAAGUAAACAUUUAGUACAAAGUGAAAAGUCUAAAGAAAGACCAGUGUCAAAGAGCAAAGUUUUGGAGAACUUUAGAAGUAAUAUGAGGCAUAAGAGUAAUAUUGAAAUUACCGAAAUGACUGGACUGACAUCUCCAUCACACAAAUCCAAAAAGACCAUAUUAAAAGAGAUUAAAAAUAAAUCUAAACCGGUAACAAUAAUACAUGUACCACUAGAGGAUAAAUACCAUAAGACUAACAAGGAUAAUGUUCAACAAAUGUCUAGGAACAGUUUAGUGCAUGAAAAAAUAGAUAAUGAUACAAUUGACCGUGGCACUGCAAUGGAUGAUAUUAUGAGUUAUAAAAAUGUUAAAGUUGGCACUGAACCUCAACCGGCGAAAAUCGAUCAAAUAACAGAUAUGGACACAUUUGACUAUGGUGUGUCUUGCAAAUGCUCGCAGAGUGCAAAAGUUCAGACAGACAUAACUGGGACGUUUGACAGUCUAGAAAUUCCAAAUGUGAGUUUAACUAAAGAUAAAACUGAUAAUAGACGUAAGACUGAUAGUUUGUAUACCAAAUCAAUGCCUAAUCUUCAGUCACCAGAGGGCAAAUCUAACAGAAAAGAAAAAAGCAGCAGUGAUAUAAACUUUUGUAAAAGCACUUCGUACAUUAUCAGCCAUUCGACCCUUACUUAUACAACGGAGCAGAAGAUUAACUUCCAUGUAGUUGAGGGCGAGGAGGAAACGCGCCACAAGUCGCCCAGCCCGCUGUCAUACCCCGUGAACGUGUUGUCCGUAUACAAAAACGAAAUAAAAAAGAAAAGUAAUAUAGAUAAAAUAAUUAACAUAGAGCGUGAAUCUAACGAUCAAAAUAAAACUAGCGAUGUAAACAACGUGAGGCGUCUCGACGAUACAUAUUCGCCCAAUUGUUCGUACGCGUUUGACGGCAAUAAAUUAAUGAAACCCUCUGACAUAAUUAGCACAAUAAGCGUUAACAAUGGCCUGAUGCAGAGCGAGUACAUCUGCGAACAGUUCCAGCAGGAACUAAACUUUAUAGAUUCGUUUUUUGAAUCGCUCCAGUAUUUGGAAAGUUGUUCAUUGUCGAACAAGUGUUUUGCAAACAGCAAAGUGGAGAAUUUGAUUAGGAAUCCGGUGCUUUUGGAAUCGGAAUACGACAUAAAGGACUCCGCCGAGUACAGUACGCUUUUGUCCAAGUUUGAUAACAGUGCAAACGUUGACAAUGCUGAAACAAUGGCAUCGAAAAAUCUUUGUCUGCUUAAUUUACUCAUUCACGAUGAGCAAAGGCGAGCGCAAAGUUUGUUACUUGUGUUAAAAAUGCGAGAAAAUGCUUUAAAGCAUUUCACGAAAUCUCAAGUGCUUUGGUUGGAGAACAGAAAGAAGCUUGAUAAUACAGAUAUAUCGAAUUUGAGGAAGAAACAGCGCGGUGCGUUGGUGAAAUUACAACAUGAACGCGGGGAAAUGCAGCGAAUGCGGAAGGCAUUGAUAGCGUUGUCAGAAAAGCGAAAAACUGCUCUCAUGAAGACUAAGAAAAGCAUAGAAUUGAAGUUGAAGGAUAAUGUUGAUGUCGAACAAAUACUGUUAGGGAAAAAAAAGUUGAAGCGAAGUCCCACCGGCGAGCGACACGUUGGCGCGCCGCUCAAAUGUUUCGAGCUGUCAAGCAGCGGAUGUGAGGACAGUACCACCCCCCGACCCCACUCGGAGCCAAUGCCGCGCGCAGCCCACGCAUGCGCGUUGCAUGCCACCCUGCCGACACCACCCAACCCGUCCGCCCCAUCCGAGCCACCCGCCACCCGCAGCGCCGAGAAGUGUAUACAGACUAAUGAUUGUAGCUCGGCCACCGCUAUUGGCGGACGGCUGCCGGACGCCGCCGCGGAAAACUUCGUCGUUGUUGAUGGCGGCUAUUUGAAUAUACUGUUUCAAAAUCUGUCGCUCCCGCAAAUCUUCAGCGGCGGCAAACACUACGAGGUCAAUGAAGAGGCUUUAAAAAAUAUUGUCAAUUCGGCGAACACACAUCACAGUCAAUUGAACAAAACAGAUGUUGUGGAGAAGCUUAUGGAACAGAUUAAAAACAGGAGUUUGGAUAAGUCCAGCGCGCCGUCCACCGCCCGCAGCCUCGUCGACGAGUACGAUUAUUACUAUAAGGAGUUGUCUGAGGAGGAGAAGUCAAUAGUGUCACCCAAAGUGAGGCACGCGAGCACCACGAUUGAUUCUGAUUAUGAGAUAAAAGAGCCAGUGGUGCAGGCGUCUGAGUGCAGCGUAGAUCAGUUGGAGAAUAGUCAGCAGAGUGCGUCGACGAUGACCAGCGACAGCAGCGACGAGGUGGUGAGCUUGAGCGUGCCGGUGGAGGUGCACGAGGCGCCGCAGGAGGGCUCGCCGGAGGAGCUCGACGGCGGCUCCGGCGAGUCGGGACCACUGCCCGUGCCGGCCGGCGCUGCCGCCACGCCUGACCCCUUCACUACAGAUGUAUCUACGUGGCCACAUCUAAAAACAACUACAUCCGACACCGAGAGCAGCGUGAGUAGCCCGUCGCUGUGUCCGAGCGUGUCUUCCAUCACGUCGCCAGUCAACUACGAGGCCGAGGAACUGAGGAGACAACAGCUCGCCAUAGAGAGAGAGAUCAAAGCUCUAGAACAGCAGCAAUGCCGUUUGCUAGUCGUACGGGAGAUACCGGACAAGCCGCCACCCCCUUAUACUCCACCAGCCGACUCGAGAGUGCCGAGACCUCCUCGAAUGUUCCUCGCAGGAGACAGCACCGACGAGAAGAUACAAAGGCAUAUAAUAGACCCUGCAGCGGACAUAUUUGAUACCACCGACGCGUUCGACAUGUUUGUGAAAGACUUCUGCCAGGAGUCGUUGGAGCGCCAGAGGUUAGACCAGAGCGACAGGCCGUGGGAUGCCUGUAACCUUCUGCCGGAGAAGCCGAUAGUCACUAUGGAGAAACUGGCGAAGACCACGUCCGCGGAACUGGUUGAGGUUUUGACUGGUGUGACGCCGACUGUGGUUUCAGGGGUAGGUGCUCGUCGUUCCGACCACAUCGAUGACAUUUUGUUCGCGGAGUGGCGACGCUGCGAGCCCGAGUGGACCUCGCUGCACACCGACGAAGCUAUAGUCAAGAGCCAAAUAUUCGAGUGCAUAUUCCAGAAAAUUCUCAGCGAAACGGUAGACGAGUACAAGAAGAUAGUACUGCCUUGUGCAGAAACAAAACCAGCGUAGUGAAUCAAAUCAUGGAACGUAAUAGUCAUAUUUUAAUACUAAGCGGUAAUUUCUAUGACAAAUUUCGUGGAUUCCCCGUGGUAUAAUAAGGAAUGAAUUUAGUCUAAAGGUUCCACACGAUUCAAUAUUUAUUAAUAAUAAUGGCAUGGUUUACGUAUUGCGUAUAGCUGAUAAUCUUUGUGGAAUUUAAUUUGUCAUAGAGAAUACAGACCCUUGUAAUUAUGUCGUAGAUUGGAAUAUAAUUGUAAUUAGUUGGAAAAUUGUAAAAUGCAUGUGGACGUAUUAAAUUAUUUAUUUCACAAUAUUAAUGAUAGAGAUAUCACAUAAUGUAGCUUUUACAUUGGACAAGUGACUACUUAAGCUAUAAAUACUUUUAAAUACAAUGUAGAUCUGGAA